GUCCUUCCCGCAAGCGAGACAUGCGCAGCGCGACCCCGUCGGCCAGAUGACGGCGGAGAGCGGAUGCGCCGUGGCGAGCGCCCUCCAGCGGGAGCUGACCUGCUCCAUCUGCCUCGAGCUUUUCCGCGAGCCCGUCACCUUGCGCUGCGGCCACAACUUCUGCCGCGCCUGCAUCGUGCACGUGUGGGAGAGCGGCGAGCGGCAGGACGAGGCCCCGGCCGGGGGCCCGGACAACACCUACUCGUGUCCGCACUGCAGAGAGAUAUUCUUGUCUAAAAGCUUUACCAAGAACUUCUUGGCAGCAAACUUGGUCGAGAGGCUGCAGGAAUCGAAGUCUGUCUCCCACUCUCCUGGUAACUUGGGCCCAAAGCAGUGCAAGAAGCAUCAAAAGCCAAUGACCCUGUACUGUGCCACUGACCAGACCAUCCUCUGCGAUGUAUGUAGACUGUCAGAAGCACAUAGGACUUGUGAUAUUCUACUAGUUCAUGAAUUAACAGAAGAGUUUCUGAAGAGAAGAAAAAAGUUAAAGGAGAAAAUUGAAAAAGAUUUUGCUAAACUGAUAGAGUUUCUGAUUGAAGAAAGGGAGAUAUUUUUAGUACAGCUGGAGGAGGAGGAGCAGCAGGUGGCUGUGGAGGAGAUGGAAGCAGGGGAAGUGGACCUGACGGCCACCAUCAUAGAGCUGGAGAAGUGCAUCGCCAACAUCCAGAGCAAGCUCAACCAGUCUGUCUCACUGGAGGAAAUGCUGGACACUAUUUCUCAGCCAAUACCCCAGCUGGAGAAGCCCGCAAGCCAGAAGCUGAAUGCACAUUGGGACCUGUUCACUGGACCCCUACAGCUCAUCGCCUGGAAACGGUUGCAGGAUGUUAUCAGUCCAGGGCCGGAGAAUCUCUAUUUUAACCCCUUGACCGCCCACCCGCGCCUCCGCUUCAAUAGAGACUGCACCAUGGUGGAGUCCUCUGGCUCACGGGGUCAAACCUCCGAUGACCCCGAACGUUUCAGCUCAUUCCACGGGGUGCUGGCCACAACCCACUUCAAAUCAGGACGGCACUACUGGGAGGUGGAGGUAGGAGACUCGCAGGCCUGGUACCUGGGCGUGACCUGCAUCCACAGUGCCCGCAAGGGCUACAUCAAGCUGGCACCAUCCAAAGGUUACUGGAGCAUCUGCAGGCUGCUGGACUACUGGAAGAACAACAAGCACCGUCAGCCUCUGGAGGUGACCUCCAAGCUCUCCAGGGUAGGUGUCUACUUGGACUUUGAGGCUGGCCAGGUCUCCUUCUAUGAUGCCUGCUGCAUGGAUCUCCUCUGCACCUUCAAGACCAAUUUUCGCUGCCCUGUUGCCCCGUUCUUCAGCCCCAGCCGGGGGGUAGGGAGCAUCCUGAAGCUAUGCCACUUCUGAAACCGGAGCCUCUUUGCACCCUGCCCACCCCCAAAGGUUUCUCCUCCCCCACCCCAACAGUCCUGCCUUCUAGAUAUUAAGUAAAUGUGGAAUGAUACUGUACACUAUUCUGCCUGAGCUUGUUAGUGAUUCCUUCUGUAAAGUGGCAAACUCAUACCCACUCCCCCUCAAAACUCAUUUGUGAAGUAUAAUACAAAGGGUGAGCACGUACAAUGACACAGAUAGGGCUGCUGUCUCACAACGCCAGAGACCCAGGUUCAAUCCUGAAUUCCAAUGCUAUCUGUCCUCCCUGUGGCCAUGUUGGAGGGAUAGUUGGCUGCUGUAGAUUGCCCUCCCAGUGGGGGGUAGAAUCUAAAAGUGGGGGGAGUUGGUGGGAAUAUGAGGGAGAAAUAAGUGGGAAAAAGUACUGAUGGGGAUAUGGGGAGAAUAAACAAAUCACUACAGACCAGGUCUCCAAAGGACCUGUUUCCAUUUUGCAUCUAUCUUCACAUUUCACAAGUAAUCAUUGACACAACGCUUGUCUCCUUCCACCCACCUUUUCCAUCUUGGAUCAAGGGAUAAACAUUGGAACCUGGUGUGGAUAUUCUUCCACAGGAGGAAAGAUGAAUAGGAGAGGGCUCCCAAACAGGAGAAAGUCUGAAGAUGCUGGAAAUCGAAAGCAAUGCACAAAAAAUGCUGGAGGAAUUCAACAGGCCAGGCAGGAUCUAUGGAGAAGAGUAAACAGUUGAUGUUUUGAGCCAAGACUCUUCAUCAGGUCUGAAAAGAAAAAGAAGUCAGAGUAAGAAGGUGGGAGGAGGGGAGGAAGAAGUUGGGGAGGAUGUGGGAUCCUGUUGGAGAUGACGGAAGUUGUGGAAAAUUAUCUGCUGGACGCGGAGGCUAGUGGUGAGGAGGAGAGGGACCUUAUCCCUGGUGUGGUAGCGGGAGAAUGGGUUGAAGGUAGACAUGAGCGAAAUGGAAGAGAUGUGGGUGAGGGCAGCAUUGACGGUGGAGGAAGGGAUGCCCCUUUCUUUGAAGAAAGAGGACAUCUUAGUAGUUCUGGAAUGAAAAGCCUCAUCCUAAGGGUGUAGAGAUUUACCAGGAUGCUGCAUGGAUUAGAGUGCAUGUCUAGACAGGUUGAGUGAGUUAGGGGUUUUCUUCAAAGUUCAAAGUCGAAUUAAUUAUCAAGAGUGCAUACAUGUCACCACAUACAACCCUGAGAUUCAUUUUCCUGCAGGCAUAUACAACAAAUCUAUAGAAUAGUAAAUAUAAACAGUAAAAUGUAAACAAA